GGCCUGUGUGAGUUGUAUUUGUGGGUUUGGGGGGGUCCCGGUGAGUUUUGGUUGCACACUGGCUCAGGCAGCACUUCCACAUAGUGACUUCUGUUGAAAGACAUAUUCUUUUUUGUUUUUUGUUUCUUCUCACCCCGCACAUCAUAUUGUUGAUGUGUGACUGCUUCUUUUACUGGAAUAGUUCCUUGUUUAAGUGUUCUCGGUGACCCUGUGGGCCGUACGGUCCUCCCCCUUGCUGGCUCAGUCCCGUGCCCUCCUCCAUCCCUGAAGCAUCUUAGCUGCGUCUGGCUCCAGCCCUCUGCGUGUAGUGCGCCGUGAUGGGCAUGGUCUUCCCACAGCCUUCCGCUUCCUGCUCACGGUCUGCACGGGGCGGGCGCUUUGCUGACUGAGCUGCGGAGGGUUCUCGAGCAUGUGGUGUUGGGAGCAGCCUUGUCUCAUCUGUUUCUAGCCCUCGGCCCAAGUUGGGGUGGGUUGUAACUGCCUUGAAGGGGCCGGUGUUCCGGCUGUGCUCUGGUCAGCUGCCCUGGGGCAGAACCCAGCAGUUGGCUAACCUCCGGGCAUAAUUUUCAUUUGUGGCUGACUUUUCUCUAUAUCCACAGGGACAUUGGAGACCCCCUCCCCGUGCGUGAACAAAACACAGCCUUUGGACAAAGAGCUCUUGCUGUCCAUCUUCUACAGGUGCUAUAAACUCUCCGUUCAGCUUAUUUUCUGGAAAGGUGCCCACUGCCCUGUCCACCACGUUCAGUCUUCCUCGCUAGCCCGUCAGCCUGUGGACACGGUGCUCAACGGCUGUUCCUAGACCCCAGGUAUGUUCUUAGGAAGGAGAUAACAUCUCAGUGUGAUUUCACGCCCCUGGCUCUCGUCUCCUCUCUGUGAAUGUAAGUGACCUGGUCCAUGAGCAGUGAAGGAAUUCAUGGUAAAAUACUGCUGCACAGUGAGUGAGCCGGGGGUCUGUUUGUGGAGAGCGUCUUGGUGUGGUGAUCCUUCUCUACGCACGUCUGGCGGCGCCGGUGGGGCGCGUGGAUGGAAUCUGGCAUUGGCGGGCGGGAGCCAGGGGCUGCAGAGUGCAGGCUGGUGCAGACCUGGCCUGAUGCAGGCUUGCCAGGAGGUCCUCUCGCAUCUGAUUCUGACCCUGCAGCCCUGAUUCAAGUUGUUUGAUUUCCCAGUAAGAGAGAACCCAGAUUAAUGACCUCAUCUAAGAUAAAAUUCCCACUGCAUCUCCAGGCCAUGACUGAGGAGCAAGAGAACUCAUGUGAGAUGCGACGGAGGAGGCUUCGGGACUAGGGGUGUCCUCUCAGCUUACAGACAUUUGACCGGAGGCCUCUGCAGAGCAGCAGGACGGGAGGAGUCGCAGAACGGAGCCGAUUUUCCAAGCCGCAGAAAAUGUUCAAGUCCCAGAUCUCGUUUGAGGAUGUGGCUGUGGACUUCACCUCGGAGGAGUGGCAGCUCCUUAAUCCUACUCAAAAGAGCUUGUACAGAGACGUGAUGUUGGAGAACUACAGCAAUCUGGUUUUCUUGGGUUAUCAAAUUAUCAGACCUGAUGCGGUUUUCAAGCCAGAGCCGGAAGAGCCAUGGGUCACAGAAGCAGCCCCGCGUCGGGCCGCGGCAGGUGAGAGGCACUCGUGUGUGGGGCGUCCGGUGCCCGCUGGAUCACGGCUUUCUGACGAGAGCUGGGAAGAAGUCUGGCUAGAUAACAGUCUCAAAAUGUGGCACCAGGAUAAUCAAGACAAGCUUAGAAGUGUGGAGAGAGGCCAUGAAUAUGAUGUUUUUAGGAAAAUAUUUCAUUCAAGCAUUAACUUUGUUCAUUUAGCAAUGAGACCCCAUAAAUGUGGCUCAGGUGAAAAAAGUUUGAAACAUCCUUUUGAGUUUCUUAUUCCAAAAAAUAACCGUGGAAGAAAGAAACCUGAUGAGCUCAAUAAGAAAUACUUAUUGUAUAUCAAAGCUGAUAGAACCCAUGGUGGAGAGCCAUACUGUGAUUACAGUAAAUGUAGGAAGGCUAGCCGGACGGGGUCAUGGCCCCGUGCAAACCACAGAACACACACAGGAGUCCACUUGUGCGUGGACUGCGGCAGCGUUUUCAAUAAGAAGUCACAGCUCAUUGUCCACCAGCGGACGCACACGGGAGAGAAGCCCUACGGCUGCAGCGACUGCGGGAAAGCCUUCUCCCAGAAGUCCUUGCUCACUAUUCAUCAGAGGACGCAUUCGGGAGAAAAACCCUACGGGUGUGGAGAAUGCCAGAAAGCUUUCAGUAGGAAGUCCCUGCUCAUUUUACACCAGAGGACGCACACGGGAGAGAAGCCCUACGGCUGCGGCGACUGCGGGAAAGCCUUCAGCAGGAAGUCGCAGCUCAAGAGACAUCAGAGAACCCACACGGUAGAGAAGCCCUACGGCUGCAGCGACUGUGGGAAGGCCUUCUCCCAGAAGUUCAAGCUCAUUACCCACCAGAGAACUCACACUGGGGAGAAGCCCUAUAACUGCAGUGAUUGUGGGAAAGCCUUCUUCUGGAAGUCACAGCUGAUUACACAUCAGAGGACUCACACAGGCAAGAAACCGUAUGCCUGUACCGAGUGCACAAAAGCCUUCAGCAGGAACUCACUGCUCAUCAGGCAUCAGAGGAUCCACACGGGGGAGAAGCCCUACGAGUGUGGUGAGUGUGGCGAAGCCUUCAUCAGAAAACCGCAGCUCAUCAAGCACCAACUGAAGCACACAGGAGAGAAGAACUAUCAGUGCGGUGACUGUGAGGAGGCGUUCUUUAAGAAGUCAGAGCUACUCCGCCAUCAGAAGACUCACUUGGGGGAGAAACCCUACGGAUGUGUUGAAUGUGGAAAAACCUUCUUUGGGAAGUCGCAGCUCCUAACACAUCAGAGAACUCACACUGGCGAGAAACCGUAUGAAUGCGGUGAGUGUGGGAAGGCCUUCACCCAGAAGUCCAGCCUGAUUUCACACCAGAGGACACACACAGGGGAGAAGCCCUAUGAGUGCACGCAGUGUGGGAAGACCUUCAGUGAAAAGUCAAGCCUCAUUCAUCACCAGAGAACCCACACUGGAGAGAAACCCUUCGAAUGUAGUGAGUGUAGGAAAGCUUUUGCCUGGAAGCCACAGCUUCUUAGGCAUCAGAGAAUUCAUACAGGGGAGAAACCCUAUGAAUGCAGUGAGUGUGGGAAAGCCUUUGUUCAGAAAGUGCAGCUCAUUAAGCAUCAGAGAAAUCACACAGGAGAGAAAACUUACGGGUGCAGUGAGUGUGCGAAAGCCUUCUUUGAGAAGGCACAGCUCGUUAUCCAUCAGAGAAUUCACACAGGGGAGAGACCCUAUCAAUGUGGUGAAUGUGGGAAGGCUUUCACUAGAAAGUCUCACCUUAUGAGGCAUCAGCGAAUUCACACGGGAGACAAAUACUCCGGGUGCGGUGAGUUUGGGACCACCUUCCGCAGGGAGUCACAGCUCACGCUUCACCAGAGGACUCACGCACUCUAGAAACGGCGUGGUGCCGUGAACAUGGGAAAUCUGGCGUCCGAUGUCGCCUUUUGACGUGUCCAAGGACACACGCAUGGGAGCAACCCCGUCAGUGCACUGGGAAGGCAGGUCUCACCCAAUUCAGAGAGGGAAUUUGUUUAAGUAGACAGUGUAAGGGAGCCUUCUCCCGGAACACACAGCUUCUCACCCAUUGAUGACUUAACGUGGAAGUCUUAGCAGUAUCAUGUAGCAGACCCUGUAGUCAGAAGUGACAGCUCAUUGUUAGAGGACCUACACUCGAGGGGAAACUGGACUGCUGUAAAAACCAAGCGAGAGGUUUCAUCAAGAAAGGGUAACUCACAGUACACUAGAGGUUAUAUACACAAAGGAAAUGCUGAAUCGUCUGGACUGGAGAUUUCCGUAUGGAGGAGAGGUCCUAAUGGGAAGAAUUUUUAUAAGCACGAUCUAUUGAAAGAAUUCUAUAACGUGUUUGUUGUAUAUAAGUUGUUAUGAAAAUGGUUAUUUUAAAAUGGUAGAUGUGUUUUAAGUAUGAAAACUUCUGCUUUCUGCUGUGUUGGUCCGGCAAGAACCAGAUUGACUCCCCUGCCUUCAGCAGCUAGAAACGGUAAAAUGUAUGUGGAAGAAUGGUUUAGAGACCGAUGGCAAGCAGGUGUCUGUGAUCCCCAGCAGACCAUGGACAGAGUGAGGUGCGCUCCCAGGCUGCCGUUCCGGGAAGGGAACACAUGCGGUCUUGUCGAAGAGAGCUGCUGACUUGGCCUUUGGAGAGGCCAGAGUAGCUAGAAUUUAUAGGGAGAGGAGAGGAGAGAGCUUUCUAGAGAGAGGGCUGCAGAAACCUACAAGGAGUCCCCUUGAGUCUUUUGGCUUAGCGCUGAUUGGCAUGUGUGUGAAAGGAAAAGUCGUGCUGGAAAGCAGGAGGCUGAACAGCUCCCAGAAAUCAGUGCCAGGCUGGGAGUAAAGUUCCCGCCAGCUGGAGUGGAAACCACUCUGAACACGUGCGGCAUCAGGUAGGAUUCCCAGCAGACUAUGAUCUUGUGAAGGAACUAACCCUAGAUUCAGAGCUGCUCUGGACCCACAAUGUCUGGCAUCCAGAAACUUCCUGACACGCAAAGAAACUAUGAGAAUACGACUUGUGGCCAGGACAAAAAUGAGCCCGUAGAAGAGACAUAGAAGAGACUGAAGCAGUUGACAUUGGAUAAGGGUGUUCGACUAGCUUUUAUGAGUUAGAGGAAAACAUGAACGUGAUAAGACCUGAAGUGGAAGGUGUAUUUUCAAAACCCCAAGUGGAACUCCUCAGGAUGAAAACAGUGGUAAUCUGAAAAUUAAAAACAAAAACCAAACAAACAAAAAAACCCACACCAAUAACCAAAAAACCCAACUCUGGAUGGAAUUAAGAACAGAUGAGACACAGAAGAAGAAAAAUCGAUGAAUUUAAGUAAGAAUUUUAAAAAAACUGUCCAACUGAUGUACAGAGGAAGAAAGCCUGGGAGAAGAGAGGACGGGUCCAUUGUAGUGGGAGGGGGUCCUAGCAGGAGCGGGGGGAGGGGGAAGAGAAGGAACACGGGAGCUGAGUAAGUGCCAGCUGAAAUUGUUACCCAUGGGAUGAAAAGUGUCACUGCACAUAUUCAAGGAGUUCAGAGAACCCCAAACAAGACACACAAAAACCCCUAACGGACAUCAUAGAUGGAAGAAGAAUGGUUAUAAAGCACCUCGGGACAGACAGGGCGCGCUCGCAGAGCAGAGUACGUCGGCUCGUGGGCAGGUGCCGCUCGACGACGACGGAUUACUGAGGGAAGAAUAAAGCCCCCGCACCCUGGUGUUUGUUACCCAUCAAGAAGACCUCUCAGAAAUGAAAGCAAAAGAAGAGGCUGUAGGCGUAGCUCCAGGAAAAUUAAAGUAAGUCUGGGGGCCGCAGGAAAGGAAUGCUGGCUGGAAGUGUGGAUCUACAGGAAGAAACGAAGAGUUCUGGGAGUGCUGAAUAUGUGGUAAAUAUAAUAGAUUUUUUUUUCUCAUUUUAAAAUGUUUUAAAAAGGUAAUCCAUUGUUUAAAGCCAAAUACUGACAGUGUGUCGUGGGUUAUGAUCUAUGUAGAAGUAUAUGACAAAAACAACACUUUGGAUGAACUUUCCAAAGUAGUCGGAUUGAUUACGUCCUCCGAGUCCAAAGCCUGCUUCCCCAGGGCUCAGGGUGCCUCGGAUCCGUAGCAGCUGCGCACGAGCGGCCCGUGUGAUGGACUGGCAUGGGUGCGGCGCCUCCCCGCCCUCCUCUCUGCUCUGCACCCCAGGGGCUGUCCCUCUAGGGUUCCUACUGAAGUGUGAACACGGGAGAUGGUAGAUCCCCCGUGGGAGGAGAGAGGCUGGACCCUGCCUUCCCUCCGCCGCCUCCCUUUCCCGGACCUUGGUUCUGGCAGAGUCUGUUGCCGUAGGGCCUGGCUCCUGCGGGGCGGCCCUCCUUUGGGGCUGGAGACUCUCCCUUCUCAGCUCCUACCUCCCGCUCCUUGCCCUUCACGUGCCUCACCAUCCCUGGCCAUCCCUGGCUGGCGUCCUUACUUCCGAACCCGCUAUCUGUGAAUAGUCGCUCAGUUAAAUGCGCUGGAGUUAAAAUUUGGAGCGCACCACUUGGUUUCUGUGCCGUGGUAAGGUUGAGCACUUAACAGCACUUUGAGUGCCAGUUACUGGUGCGUGUGCCUCACAGGGCACAGACUGACAUCUGUCAAGAUUCCCCACAUGAAAUGCCAGUGUUUUCUCUCUUUUUUUAAACCAUUCCACAGAAAUUAUAACGAGUAACAAAGUGUUUUGUGUUUUUGUUUUGUUUUGCUGCAAAUGUCCGUGGCCGCACAGAUUGUCGUCUGCUGCGUGUGCAGUGCUCUUGCACUUAUUACUAACCCUUCUUCAGCAAUAGAAGCCAAAACUCUUACGAAGUCUUAUGCUACCUCUGGAUUAGCCAAGCAUUUUACAGAAACACAUUGGCGUUUAUGUUCAAUAUGUGUGGACGAGAAAAAAGGAUAGCCGGGUCCUGAGUGAGGCGGAAAGGAAUGGUGCCUCACAGACCCCAGGAUCUCCUUUAGAAACACUGCUGGGCAUACCCUCAUUCCGUAUUCUGCUGCUUCUCUGUAUAAUUCACGUAAUCUGUAACCCAUGGACAAGAUUUCCAUGCCAGUAAGAAUUGCCACAGAAGGUCUCUAAAGUCUCCACACCAGUGCCCACCACCAGCACGACGGUCUGGAGAAGUCAGAGUCAGGUUGAAGCGGGCGGCCUUCGAGCCUGGACGCGGCAGCCCCGUCCGUUGUCACUUGACAGAUAGCUCUUAGGAAGUUUGCCUUUCUGCACCCUCUCUCACCUGGCCCUCUUCUCUUGGUUCCCCAGGCGGCUUUUGAAGGGAAAUAAUUGCCCUCAGGCUACACAGCUGCAUUUUCUCUCCGGGUGCGUUUGCGUUUCGGUAUGCAUUUUGAACUUUUCAUGCAGGUCUUCCGUUUUGUGUAACCCCGAAAGACGCCAUUCACAAUGUAGCCUGUGCCAAUAAACUUGUGUAUUUCUCUGGUCGUGUCGUUAAAGAAUUACCUAGCCAAUGAAAUCAAUGUUUCAAGGUGUGGACAUGUUUGGAACACAGCACUGUGACAGUUACCUGUAACGGCUUCUCUGUAACAGGACUGUGUACUCUCUGUGUGACAGCAAAAUGGUUUCCACCAGCACAGCUCUCCCCGGGUCCCCUGUAUUUGUCACUUAGUGAAGGGAAAGGCCACGCUCACUCUCAGCGUAGAAGACUUUAUCUCAUGAUGCGUGUCUGCAGCUGAGAAGCAGGCCGUGUAACAUCACGGGACCAGCUCACGGGCAUGACCGGUAACUAAGUUACACGGUCCCGCAUGUGUGGAUCUGGUGAUGCUGUCCGGUCAUUGUUUUAUUUCCUUCAUGGGGUCUGGGCACUUGAGAUGAGCUGUUGCUCCUUGUAGCCAGACUUGACGUCCUGUUGCUCCUUGUAGCCAGACUUGACGUCUUGUCGUAGAGAUUGUUACUUUGAGAACAUGAAGAUGAAGUAAACCAGGGACCACCAACUGUAUUGAAUCCCGAAAUCACUAUGCUCAGGUAUUUUACAACACCUUCGGCAUCAGCAGUGCCCAGCAAGGAGAGUGUAGCUGCAGAAGCAGUCACCGGUAAGGUGGAAGAAGAAUGCAAACAAAGUGGCAUUUGUAGUUUGAGGUUCUCACUUAAAGCCUUGCUCAUUCCUGUCAUUAAAAUGUAUUAACACAUCAGGCUCAGCUUCACGAGAAGAUGGGGAAGCAGAUUAACUGCUACGUUAGGGGGGCAUGUAAACCAUGGACUUGCUACCCCUGUAGCCAUCAGCUGGCAGGGUGGGUGUAUCUCCAAACCGUGGUGUCACAGGCCAGCCCUGUGUGGGUGAGCGAGUGUACAUACUUCUCUCUGGUGUGAGUUUGCACAGAGCAGAAUGUGGGGACAGGGCACCUGAGCUCUGGGCCAGCUGUGCUUCCCAUACAAGGAUGGGGCAGACCGCUGAGGAAGAAGGUGGGGCUGCUGGCGCGGUCUCCACUGACUGGUACCCCUAGAGAGCAGGGGCGCCCCAGGGAGCUGUGCUAGCUCACACCUAUUGCCCACACUUCUCUGUGCUGUAUUGGAAAAGAAAGUCUCUGUACCUCUACGUUUACUGAGUAAACGGCUCAACGAAUCA